AACUUGCAGCUCGUGGGGCACUCGCUAGCAAAUGGCAAUGGGACCUCUCGCUUCAUUCAAAUGUUUGGAAAGAUUGGACAUUUGAUUAGAUUUGUGUCCUGUGAGUUCAAAAGUCAAACAGGUUCUGAGCAAGCAUUGCAUGUAAUGCUGGAGCUCAUGCAGCCACUCAAAUCACACGAAUCACCACCACCACACAUCGCACAUUAAAGCCUUCUACAUAAGGAAUAAAGCUUGUUGUGAUCUUAGAACUUGCUUGUCACUUCACUGGGAGGAUUCGUCAUCCUGUAGUGCUACUAGUACUGCUUCAAGCCAUUAUCCCAAUGGCCUCACUUAUCGUUAAUGGCCUUAGUUUGCUUCUUCUGUUGUCGCCUUUGGUUGCAGUCAUAGCUUAUGAGAAGCCCGUCAACUGCAGAAGUAUCGAGUGUGCUCCAUAUGAGGUGAUUCACCACCAAAACAACUUGGAAAUAAGAAGUUACAGGAACUCCGUGUGGAUGUCUACGCCACCCAUCAACUCCAGCUCCUACAAGGAAGCUGUUGGUAGCGGCUUCAACACUUUAUUUGCCUACAUUCAAGGGAUGAAUCAUGGAGGAACAAAAAUCGAUAUGACGGCACCGGUACUAGUCGACAUUUUCCCGUCAAAGGGACCUUUCUGUAACUCGACCUUCGUUGUCCACUUCUAUGUGCCCCAGAAGUAUCAGAAAAAUCCUCCUCUCUCAGAUCAGGUUCACCCAGUAAAGCUGCCUAAGCAUCGUUAUGCUGCCGUUCGUCGAUUUGGAGGCUUCAUGGACGACUCCAACAUUCCUCUACAAUUUGUAUUCUUAAGGAAGAGCCUCAAGGGCACACCCUGGGAGUCUGCAAUUUCCUCAAGACAUGGUGGUGGUGGUGGUGAACCUCAGCCCUAUAGCGUAGCAGGCUACAACUCGCCCUAUGAAUACGAAAACCGCGUUAACGAAGUGUUGUUAUGGUUUGGCAAGUAGUAAUUGGGCUUAUUUUGUCAAGUGAUAUCCCCACCCAUAUUCAUUAAUCCUCCCGCUUUGAGUUUCCUAUUCUUAGGCAUAAGUCAUAAGACUCGCAACCUUGUUUUCUUCUUCAUUAAUCAUCCACUUUGUUAUUUGGGUCCAUCA